AUGGGUCGGAUUAUGAUUGGCCUAUCUUUUGUUACUCCACAGGAACUAAACCGCAUUGCUGGAGUGGACAAAACCUGCAAUUUUGUGAAGGCUGACUUCAUGAAAAUGCCAUUUCCUGACAAUUCUUUUGAUGCAAUAUAUGCAAUUGAAGCUACUUGUCAUGCACCAGAUGCAUGUGGAUGCUACAAAGAAAUAUACAGAGUACUGAAGCCUGGCCAAUGUUUUGCUGCAUAUGAGUGGUGCAUGACUGAUUCUUUCGAUCCCAGUAACGAAGAACAUCAAAAAAUAAAGGCAGAAAUCGAGAUUGGCAAUGGCCUUCCUGACAUCAGGUCGACAGGAAAAUGCCUUGAAGCUCUCAAACAAGCAGGUUUUGAGGUCAUAUGGGAAAAAGAUCUUGCUGAGGACUCAUAUGUCCCUUGGUACGCGCAUAUGGAUUCAAGUCGCUUCACACUGAGUAAUUUCCGUAUAACUGCUGCUGGGCGUUUCAUUACAAGAAAAAUGGUCAGGGCCAUGGAAUUUGUGGGACUUGCCCCAAAGGGAAGCCUACGUGUACAAAUAUUUCUAGAGCAGGCUGCAGAAGGGCUGUUUCAAGGUGGAAAGAGAGAGAUUUUUACAGCAAUGUAUUUCUUCUUGGUCCGGAAGCCGCUUUCAGACAAUCAACAACAUGUUAAUGUAGACUAAUUACAAACUUGAUGUCAUAGUCAGACAAUCAGUGACAUUUUAAUGUAAACUAAUAAACCAAGCUUCUUUGGCUUGGGUGCUGUUGUAGCCUUCUGCUACAUUGAGACAUUGCUUCUUUUAAUUUCUCUAAUGAAUAAAUUUCUUCUCUGCCUAGCUUGGCUAGGAUUUAUGUGCA